AUGUUCAACUUCAACUUCUUCAAGUCUGCCCCCGCCGAGGCCCAGACCCAGGAGAACUCCUGGAACCCCAACACCGUCGCUAUGCAGCAGCCCUCCAGCCCUGCCGCUCCCUCCACCAACCAGAACGUCGUCUCUGAGCAGCCCGCUAGCCAGGAGGAGAUGUCCAUGCAGCUGCGCGGUGGUGGCGGUGGCUUCUGCUGCGGAAUCUGCGCCGGCCUUGCCUGCUUCGAGUGCUGCGAGAUCUGCUGCUAG